AAUGGCUCGAUAAUUUGACGCCUUCAGUGCAAUAAUGAGUGAAAAGGCUGCAGCUGUGUCCUUGCACAUACACCUUCUACAGUUCUACUGUCAUAUUACACUGCCAAACAUAUAUCGGCGAAAUGCAGUACACAGGGCCAGUACUUGGUGGUCUCUCAUGCUCGCAUGAUUCAGUUUCCGAAGGGUCCCCAAAAAAGCCUUCCUUGUUGGGUCAUGCAGGCACGCAGCCUUUCCCUCCAGAGAUCUUUGAGCCUUUGACACCCUGCGGCAGAGGGCAACAUGACCAAACUGCCCUCCCGUCCAGGCUCCAAGCUCCAGCGUCCGGCCGGACUCCCCCUCCUUUAACUAACUCCUAGUGCCUCCAUGCCGUGGAAGCUCGCCUCUCACUUCACUUCCCCAUAGCGGGGGGAAUGUAGUAACAGCUUGAUGUGACCUCACUUCUCCACUCUCCUCCUGACUCCUGUCGCUCGACGCCAACUGGUACGCGCCAGCCCAGAUGUUUCUCCACUCCAUCUUGAUGCAAAAAAUGGCAAAGAACACACGGCAGCCAAGAAAAGAUGGCGGCGCGAGAUCAGGCGGCCACAAGUCCCCGUGGUACCAGCGCGCGGUGGAGGUGCUCCUCCUCAUCUGGAAGCAGCCGGCGGCGCCGACGGCGACGACGAAGGCCGCGGCGGCGUCGGGGGUGACGGCGGCCUCAGGCAGGGGCGCGGCGGCGCCGGCGGCGGGGGGGCCCGGGAGGCUGCGGAAGUCGUCGUCGCUGAACGUGGCGGCGUCGUUCACGCGGGUGUGCCUGUGCGCGCCCAUCUCCUCCUACAACAGCGAGUCGCUCUACUGCUUCCAGGCCGACGCGGCGCCGCGGCGGAGCUACAGCUACCCGCGCGCGUCGUCGGCGUCGGCGUCCGGGUGCGGCGUCAGCCCGCUGGUGGCCCCGCCGCCGGCCGCCGAGCAGGCCGCGGGUGUCGGCGGUCGAGGGAGGCCGGGCGCGGGCAAGGUCGGCGGCGAGGGCGCCGCGCGGCGGGUGUUCCGGGGCAAGUCCCUGACGGACGACAUCCUGAUGCGGCGGUUCGUGGUGGACGAGGAGGCCACGCGGCGGCGCAACGAGAUGGAGGUGAUCCGGCGGCGCCACGCGGUGGCUACCAAGCGCCGGCGCCUGGGCCCCAGCCCGCUGCGCCGGAUGGCGCUUGCGGAGUCGGAGUCGGAGGCCGAGGAUGAGACGGAAGCGGCGCCAGCAGCGACUGCGGCUGGGAGGGGAACGGACAGUUCCGUGGCAGCGGUAGCGUAGCGUGGCGUGGCGCGGCGAGGCUCUCCCGUGUGAUGAUUUCGAUCGGGUUUCGCCGUCGGCUCUGUGUUUUUUUCUUCCUUUGUCCUUUUCCUCCUCCGCGGUUGCUGCUGUCAUGCGCUGCGAGGAGGAGGAGAUUCUGGAGCAACGCACAGUUUUAAACAGACUA